CCUGUCAGUGAAGAAGAACAAGGGGGCUACACGUGUGUUCCCCUCCCAGAGACAUAGUUAGGAUUAUUGUUUGAAAAUUGGGUUUCCUGGAUCUUAAAACGAAUAAAAACAAGUAAAAAUGCCGAAGGUCAAGGCGGAGAAGAAAAGCAGGCAGCACCAGGAGGUCAAAAACCAAGGGAUCAUGUUCAACACUGGCAUCGGCCAGCACAUCCUGAAGAAUCCAUUGAUUGUUAACGGGAUCAUUGAGAAGGCUGCCCUGAGGCCGACUGAUGUGGUUCUGGAGGUUGGACCUGGUACUGGUAACAUGACAGUGAAGUUGCUGGAAAAGGCCAAGAAGGUGGUGGCCUGUGAGUUGGACAGCAGAUUAGUGGCUGAACUUCAGAAAAGAGUACAGUGCACGCCCAUGCAGACCAAACUUCAAAUAUUAGUUGGAGAUGUACUCAAAACAGAUCUGCCGUUUUUUGACGUCUGUGUGGCUAAUUUACCAUACCAGAUUUCAUCACCGUUUGUCUUCAAGCUCCUGCUGCAUCGACCUUUCUUCAGGUGCGCCGUGUUGAUGUUCCAGAGAGAGUUUGCCAUGCGACUGGUUGCCCCUCCUGGAGACAAGCUGUAUUGCAGACUGUCCAUCAACACACAACUGCUGGCUCGUGUAGACCAUCUCAUGAAGGUAGGAAAGAAUAAUUUCCGUCCUCCUCCCAAAGUCGAGUCAAGUGUUGUCAGGAUAGAACCGAAAAAUCCUCCUCCUCCAGUUAACUUCCAGGAGUGGGAUGGUCUGGUCAGAAUUGCCUUUGUAAGGAAAAACAAAACCCUCAAUGCAGCUUUCAAGUCCACUGCGGUAGAACAGCUGCUGGAAAAGAAUUACAGAAUUCACUGCUCUGUACACAAUGUGGAAGUCCCAGCGGACUUCAGCAUCACCAAGAAGAUUGAGGGUGUUUUGCAGGAGGCUGGUUUCUGUGAGAAGAGAGCCAGGUCCAUGGAUAUUGAUGACUUCAUGGUGCUGCUUCAUGCAUUCAACUCUGCAGGGAUCCACUUUUCUUAAACAGCAGAGGAGACUGAAGAAAACAGUCCUAUGGCUCUUAUACCCAUCUUUGUGAUGAGAGAGAAGUUUAGAGGUCAGAUGAGAGGAAAGAAAGAUCUUUCCUCCUGUGAAGCUUUGCUUGGAGGAGCUGAAUUUCAAAUGUUGAAAAAGUUGGAUGAAAUGUACAAAGAAUAUUGGAGGAUGCAUUUAAAGAGCUCAUAUUGAGUGUACUGUUUUACCCUCAUGAUAGAGUCCCUGGGCACGUGUGGACAGUGUUUGUGUAUAAGCCCUCUUGGUGUGUGUUUGUGUUUGUGUGGGUGUGUGAAAUCUGAAAAAGCUACAUCAAAAUUACCUCUUUGUGGAAUAUAAAAGGUAUAUAAAAAUAACACAUUUAAUUGUGCUAACAGUCUCUUAAAAUAAAUUCAGAUUGUCCAGUUUU